AUGGUCUUGCCAAGAUUAUAUGCUGCUUCAUCCCGUGGGGCUUUGAGGGCUGCUAAGCAAGCUCUCCCCUUCACUGGAUUGAGAUCCAUGGCCACUGCUGCUGCCACUUCCCAAGGUAAGGUUAGAGCCGUCAUUGGUGCUAUUGUGGACGUUCAAUUCGAACAAGGUAACUUGCCAGCCAUUUUGAAUGCCUUAGAGAUUGACACUCCUCAAGGUAAGCUAGUUUUGGAAGUCGCCCAGCACUUGGGUGAGAACACCGUUAGAACCAUCGCUAUGGACGGUACCGAAGGUUUGGUUCGUGGUGAGAAGGUUUUGGACACUGGUGCUCCUAUCUCUGUUCCAGUCGGUAGAGAGACUUUGGGUAGAAUCUUGAACGUUAUUGGUGAGCCAAUUGACGAAAGAGGUCCAAUUAAGACCAAAAAGAGAAACCCAAUUCACGCCGAGCCUCCUGCUUUCGUUGAGCAAUCCACUGCAGCUGAAGUUUUGGAAACCGGUAUCAAGGUUGUCGACUUGUUGGCUCCUUACGCCAGAGGUGGUAAAAUUGGUUUGUUCGGUGGUGCCGGUGUCGGUAAGACUGUGUUCAUCCAAGAGUUGAUUAACAACAUUGCCAAGGCCCACGGUGGUUUCUCUGUUUUCACCGGUGUUGGUGAGAGAACCAGAGAAGGUAACGAUUUGUACCGUGAAAUGAGAGAAACUGGUGUCAUUAACUUGGAAGGUGAUUCUAAGGUGGCCCUAGUCUUCGGUCAAAUGAACGAACCACCAGGAGCUAGAGCUCGUGUUGCCUUGACUGGUUUGACUAUUGCCGAAUACUUCAGAGAUGAAGAAGGUCAAGAUGUCUUGUUGUUUAUCGACAACAUUUUCAGAUUCACCCAAGCUGGUUCCGAGGUGUCCGCUUUGUUGGGUCGUAUUCCUUCUGCUGUCGGUUACCAACCUACUUUGGCCACCGAUAUGGGUUUGUUGCAAGAGAGAAUUACUACUACCAAGAAGGGUUCCGUCACAUCUGUCCAAGCCGUUUACGUGCCAGCUGAUGAUUUAACAGAUCCUGCUCCUGCUACCACUUUCGCACACUUGGAUGCUACUACUGUGUUGUCUAGAGGUAUCUCUGAAUUGGGUAUCUACCCUGCUGUCGACCCAUUGGACUCCAGAUCCAGAUUGUUGGAUGCUUCCGUUGUCGGUCAAGAGCAUUAUGACGUUGCUACUCAAGUGCAAGAAACUUUGCAAGCUUACAAGUCUUUGCAAGAUAUCAUUGCCAUUUUGGGUAUGGAUGAAUUAUCUGAACAAGACAAGUUGACCGUUGAGAGAGCCCGUAAGAUCCAAAGAUUCUUGUCUCAACCAUUCGCUGUUGCCGAAGUUUUCACCGGUAUUCCAGGUAGAUUGGUUAGAUUGAAGGACACCAUUGCUUCUUUCAAGGCUGUCUUGGAAGGUAAGUACGACCACUUGCCAGAAAAUGCCUUCUACAUGGUUGGUGGUAUCGAAGACGUUGUCGCCAAGGCUGAAAAGUUGGCAGCUGAAGCUAAACAAUGA